AUGCCGGGCGGCCGUGGCUGGCGGGCGGCUCGGCUCGGCUCGGCAGCGAUGGCGGGCGGCGGGCCGGGCGCGGCGCGCUGGGGGCGGCGGCGGGGCACGGCGGCGAUGGCGGCAGCAGCGGCCCUGUCCCUAGCGCUGGCUCUGGCCUGCCUGCUGCUGCUGCGGGGAGCGCUGCUGGGCGCGGCGGCGCUGGGCGCGGCGGGGGCCUGGUGCGCGAUGCGGCCCGGCCCGCUCGCACCGCGCCCACUCGGGAAAGCCGCGGCCAACGGGAGCCCGGCCGCAGCCUCAGGCCGGCCCGUGAGGGCCCCUCCGCGCCGCGUCGGCCUCGGGGCCUCGCCGGUCACCCCGCGCUGCCCGCCGCAGGGCCCGCGCCGCCGGUACCCACUGCCUCAGGCUCUCAGCACCGUCCCUGUUGUUCUGCCUGCGGCUCGUUGGGAGACGAGCUGCUCUCCUAGGAGCACACCCUGGCUUCGCAGGACCGGCCCCAUCCGCAGUCCCGUCACCGUGAGGAUCGCCCGGCCGGCAGCCAACCUGGCUCGCUCCCCGGCCCUGGAGCAGCUGAUGUCACCCAUUGCUUCACCAGCCAACAGCAGCCUGGACCCAUGUGCAAAAGAGACUGUGCUGAGUGCUAUCAAGGAGAGCAGGAAGAGGGCUGUGGAGCGGGAAGAGGAGGAGGAGGAUCAAGCAUUUGGAAACAAUCAAGAGAGCAAGAGAAGGCGCCACGACAGCAGUGGAAGCGGGCAGUCGGCGUUUGAGCCGCUAGUAGCCAAUGGUGCCCCCACCUCUCUCAUACCCAAGCCUGGCUCUCUGAAGAGAAGCCUUGUCUCACACUACCCAGAUGACUGCUCAAACAAGAGGUCGUGCCUCUCUUCCACAAGCUCCCUCAACCACAGCUACACUGGUGGGAUCCCCAGCUCCAUCCGCAAUGCCAUUGCCAGCUCCUACAGCUCCAGCAAGGGCCUUGCACAGCUGCGGAAGAGAAGUGAUGUGAGCGUGUCCCCACUGUCCAGCCCAGCGUCCUCCCGUCCCCAGACCCCUGAGUGGCCUCGCAAGAAACCCAGGGAGGAGGAGUCACAUCGCUCCAACACUUCCACACCAGUCAAAUCAGACAAGGAGCUGCAGACAGAGAAAGCGGUGGAGACGCCGGUGCAGAAGAAGAAUUCCCUGAGCCCGGCGUCGGGGAGCAGCGGGAAGCGCAAGCGGAAGAUCCAGCUGCUGUCGUCUCGCCGUGGGGACCAGCUGGCGCUGCCCCCGCCGCCUCAGCUGGGCUACUCCAUCACCUCGGAGGACCUGGAUGCGGAGAAGAAGGCAGCGUUUCAGUGGUUCAACAAAGUCUUGGAGGAUAAGGCCGAUGUGGCCCCCAGCACCACUGCAGAGGCCACACCUGUGUCCAGGCCACUGGUGUUCACCAUGACCUCCCCAGGGCCUGUGCCUGCCUCAACAGCUCCUGCCCUGGCCACCACCAACUCGUUCCUGGACAGCCUGAAGAAGGUGCAGAGCAGCCAGACUGUGCCUACAUCAGCAGACUCCACUGGAGCUGCAGCAGUGUCCCAGCCACCUUCAUCAGCUGCACAGCCUCCCGCUCCUGCUGUAUCACAGGAGUCUGCUACUCUGCCUGCCACCUCUGCUGACACCAAGCCUGUGCCUGUGCUGAGCACAGCUGCCCCUGCUGCACCACCUGCCUUGGGGCUGCAGGCCCCCAGCAGCCUGGCACCAUCUGCAUUCACAGAGCUGACCGAGACCCCCAGCAAGCCUCCCUCCUUCCCAAAGCCAAGCAUCCUUUUCGGGACGUCAAACCCCUCUCCUGCCAGCCAGCCAGCAACAACUGCAGUCACUGCUGUGCCCACCACAGUCACUGUUAUACCCACCACAACCGCUGCAGUGCCCAGCACGACCCCUCUCUUCAAACCCAUCUUUGGUGCUCUGCCAAAAAGCGAGAGCACCACACCGUCUGCAGCUGUUGUCUCUGCCACAGUCACUGUGUCUGCGAGCUCAGGCUCUUCCUCAGCAUCCUCCACCACCACCAUGUUCAAGCCCAUCUUCGGUAGCGUCACCACAGCUUCAUCUCCGGCGAAGGUCUCUCCUUUUGCCUUCAAACCGAUGUCACAGCCAGCCUCAGCCACAGAUCUGCCAGAGGCCUCCACAACUACCCUGGCAGGAAUCACGGGGAUUCCUAACGUCAUCUUCACCACUGCAGCUACAACUUCUGCCACGCACAGUUCCUCCACAGAUGCCACCACUAAACCUGUCUUCAGUUUUGGACUCAACCCACCUGCCUCUACUGGUCCCACCACCAGCCUGACAGUCACUGCUGCCACAUCCACCAGCAUGUCGCAGCCCUUCCUCUUCGGGGGUCAAACCAACUCAGCUACCACCACAGCAAACAGCUUUGCCUCCCCAGGGCCAGUGUUCCAGUUUGGAAAGCCACCUGCAGCUACAGUCACUGCCACCACCAGUGUCCCAGGAGGCCCUGCCUUUGGCCAGGCACCUUCAAAUUCAACAGCUCCUACCACCACUGUGGGCUUUAGCAUAUUUGGGGCCGCCACACUGACUACUGCUCCAGCCACCACAGGUCAAGCAACGCUGACGUUCGGCUCCUCGCUCUCAGCUUUUGGCAGUUCCUUUAGCACAGGCACGAAGCCGCCACCGCCGUAUCCCGGCGCAGCGAAUCAGCCCAGCUUCAGCAGCGGCACCGCCGAGAGCCAGCCGCCCGCCAAUAAACCCCCUGCUGGCCCCGUCACCUUUGGCCCUCCCUUCAGUUUUGGAGCCCCCGCGGCCCAGUCCGCUGCUCAGCCUGCGUUUGGCAGCGGCACUCAGCCAGCCUUUGGCACAACCAGCGCUCAGGGCUCCUUCGGCACCAGCAGCACCCAGGCGGCGUUUGGGACCACCACGUCGGUCUUCUCCUUUGGGACAGCCACUUCCACCACCGCCAGCUUCGGUUCCACCACCCAGACCACGAGCAGCAGCACGAGCACCGCGGUCUUCGGCGCCACCCCUUCUCCUUUCACCUUUGGGGCGAACGCCCAGCCAGGCCCCUCUGGCAGCGCCUUCGGGGUCGGCACGCCCGCCCUGAGCAGCGCCUCUCCCGCCGUGGCAUUCAGCUUCGGGGCUGGGCAGAGCGGGGCAUCGCCAGCAGCCACGCCGUUUGGCUCUUCCCUGGCACAGAGCACGCUGGGGGCACAGAACCAGGGCACGCCCUUCGCCUUCGCCGUGUCCAGCACACCCAACACCAAGCCGGCGUUUGGAGCAGCUCCCACGCCCACCUUCGGGCAAAGCACGCCCGUCCCAGGAGCCAUGGGGAGCGGCAGCAGCAGCCUUUCCUUCGGGACACCCACCACCCCUGCCUCGGGCUUCGGAGGAGUCGGCGCUUCCUUUGGUUCCUCCACCCCGACUUUUUCCAUCGGGUCAGGCUCCAAGACGGGCACUCGCCAGCGGCUGCAGGCUCGCAGACAGCACACUCGUAAGAAGUAACCUCUGGUGCUGCCAGGCCCCCGCCGCCAGCCUGAGCCACGAGCCCCUGCCCACGCGGGGGGCUCUGCUCUAGAGUGCUCCCCACAGUGGGACCAGUGGUGAUGAGGCCGGGGGACCCCCUCGCUGAUGCCAGCCAGAGACCAUGCUGGGUGCCAGUGACCCGGGUGGGAUGGGAUAAACCAAACUCUUCUUACUUGAACAGUUCCACAGCCAAGGCUGGAUGAACCUCUGUACAUAUCUGCAUCGUUUCCUCCCUCACUUUUCUUUUGCCAUGUUUCAUAACGUGUAGUUUUUCCCCCAUUUGCUUCUUCUAGCUGUUUCUGUGCCCUCCUUCUCAGCCCUUGCCCCCAUGGCACAGCAGCCAGCAGAGCCACAUGUUCCUGGUCGGAGCCCUGCUGACGAUGUGCUGUGCUCCUGCCAGCUGUGGUUCCAGGCUGCUACAGGAUGCUGCCUUCACCAGGUCUCAGCUCUCCCCACUGUCUCAUCCAGUGGCCUGGUGAACGCCGCUCCCUCUGGAGGGCCCCGCUUUGCUGCUCUCCCUGCAGAACAUGGGCUGGGGUUAGUGCCAGCCUGGGGUGGGCAUCUCGGUGACAUGGGUGACUGACCCAGCUGGGUGGUACCCCCCUCCUUGCAAUAACUUCAUCUCCCGUCGGGCCUCCAGCUGAGGAUGCGCCAUACUCUGGGACUUCAGCUGGAGGCAGAGGUGGGGAUGUGGGUCCCUGCACCCCUCUCCCAGCCACCGAGCAGCCUCCCCAGCCCUGGCUGCUCCCUGCCAGGCUGUAGGCUGCCCCUGCCCGGCUCGUGUAGAGCCGCCCCUGUCUUGCUUUCUCUGUGCUUCCGUUCCGAUGCGCUCACUGAAUCGAGUUUGGAGGAAGAGCUGAACCGUGUGCGUGGCGGCAUGUUGGUUAUGCCGGAUUUGCUGUUUGGAGUUUCUUCUCCUGGGGGGCGUUUGUCCCUGUGUGGGGGACACGUCUCAGCUAAUUGGGUGUUGACAGUAGCAUCACUGCGUGGCUGCUCGCGCUGGGGGAGUUGUCCCUUCCUUCUUGUCGAGAUUGAAAGGCAGGCAGCUGGCGGGCAGUGUGAUGGAGCCUGGACCCCCAAGCAUGGCGGCUCCAGCCCUGGCAGUCUUUCCCCUACCUUCCCCUCUUCUCCUGGUGCCCCUUCCCCACCUUGGUGUGCUCUGGAGCCACUAACAGGAGUCCAGAGCAGUUUGGGUGUCCUCCCUCCUCCCCAAGUCCAAAUUACUUUUCAUUUCUAGCACAUUCCCUCUUUGGGUUUUACCAGGUCCUAGAAGCUAAGGUGCUGCUUCCCCUGUUCCUAUCAUGCCAGGAGUUGUUGUCCUUCCCCUGCCUGGGAGUUCCCUUGGGUAGAGACUACUUGAGCCAGGGGCUCUCCUGAGAGCUGCCCCCUACCCUUGCCCCAGGUGAGGGAUGGGCACACCUGUCCACAGGCUCCCCACUACUUCCAGGGGUGUUUUUGCUGCCAGGUUUUUCACUCUCCGAGCCGUGUGAGUGUUGUGUGUCUGCUGAAGUCUAAAUUAAAAAGACAUUAAAAAAAAAAAAAAGGAAAAAAAAAAAAAAAGGAAGAAAAAAUAGAAAAAAAAAGCAAAAAAAAAGUUCAGAAGCAAAUAUUUAAACGUUUUUUAACCAAAUAAAAAUUUAUUUUUAUAUUUAAAGCUAAAUUGCCUUUUGAAUUCCUUCAAGCUUGGUUCAGUGAGCUUGCCCCAACCCCGCUGCAGCGCUGUCGGUAGUGUUUAGCUGUGCCUGUCGCAGCCCAGUGAGGAGCCAGCUGGUGCCCCGGCUCUGCCCACAGGACCAGGUUGUGCUGGGGAGAGGCAGCUGUGUCCUGUGGGCUCUGCCACUGCCUGUGCUCCUCUCGGCCUCUGACAUCAUCGCCUUCAUUUUACAGUGUGAUGUGAAUGGAUGUGACUAAACCUUUUUGGGUUUUUUUAAUUCUUUCUCUGAAGGUGAGGAGCAGGAGGAACUCCUGAGUGUUAGGGUGGGUGAGUGGCUUUCUUGGCUGCCAGGAACAAGGUGUCUCUCUCCCAGCAGCUGGAAAGAGCAGAGGGGAUACAGCCGUUUAGUGAGGGGAGAUGGAGGAUGUGCAGGCUGGCACCUGCUGCUGGUGCCGGCAGGGAGUUUCCCAGCCUUUCCUGACCAGCAUGGCUGUGGGGGUGCAGCAGGCCCUCCUGGAGCAAGGCAGAGCUGUGCAGGAGGAGCCGGCCUGGGUAAACGUGUCCUCAGAGGUUGAGGAAGAGCUGUGAAGGGCACACUGCAUAUGAGGGCUGACCCUGGCGAUUCCUCUCUCUGCCCCAGGCAGGGUCCUGAGCCAGGAGAGUGCCUGCUGCUCCCCAGCCCUCCGGGGUGGCAGUGGCACGAGCUCCAGUGAGACCCACGUGGCAGACGGAGGGGAACAAGCAGGGAACAAGGUGAAGGCAACCUGAAGAACUAUGGCUGUUGGGGCUGGCCCCAACAUAGUUGCCCUGUUUAGUUUGCAAGUGCCCAUCUCUGUGAGGAGUCAGGCUGUGUCCCAACCCCACCACAGAUCCUGCUGAGAGAGAGACCCUUGUGCCCAGACUGCCAUGCAUGGCCAGGGGAAGCUGGGUUUUAACUCCAACUGAAAACUUGGAUCAUUCCUGGUGUGGCUGAUGAGGAGUUUAGUGUGAAUGUGCAAUUUUCUUCCUUGCUUCUUAUGUCCCUGGUUUAAAAUAAAAAGACUUGUGUUCA